AUGGACGACAUUGCGUCUGGACGUUCAGUAGACAUCGAGUUGGGAGGACAAGAGGUCAUCACAAUAGAGUUGGACGGACUCGAUGAAAACACGACCGACGUUCUCGACUUGCUCAAGGAAGGACAGUGCAAAGUGUGGAUAUGGACAAAGCUGGCUGCAGAGUACUUUAGGAGAGGCUGGCUUUCCUGUGCAGAACAAAUCGCCCUGGCUGCGGUAGAAACGCUCCAAGCCAACGGAACAGGGUCAACUCUAGCACCAAUCUACGCCCUGCUUGCCAAUCUUCAACUCGCCAAGGGUCGCGAUGCACCCAUGCUUGUUCUCGAAGAUGCCCAGCUGGAUAGGUUACCAGAGGCAGAGAAGACAGAGAAGAUCAAGUUCACUGAAGAAGCUUCUAAAUAUCUUAACAAAUCUCAGCAAAGUCUUGCCGAAAACCCCGAAGAUGACAGUAUGGGCAUUGCACUUCCUUACCUGAGUCGAGGUAUCCAACAACUUGCCCAACAAUCAUUUGACGAGGCCUUGCGCUCAUUUGAAGGAGUGCUCAGUCAAAGUCCGACCAAUAUCGCACGUGUACUGUUCCAGAAGAAAUUCUACAAGGAAGCGCUGCGACUAUAUCAAGACGUUCUGCGCUACAAGCCAAAUUGCAAGCCGGAUCCGCGUGUUGGUAUCGGGAUGUGCCUGUGGGCCCUCGGCCACAAGGAGAAAGCCAAACAGGCGUGGCAGCGAAGUCUUGAAGUGAACCCCGGCGGAUGGCAAGUCCAGCUGUUACUCGGAAUCGAAUCCAUCAACGCGAGCAAAAGCCAGGCAAUCUCGGAAGAAGCCAAGACACAGGCCUUUCUGUCUGGAACUGAGAUGGUCGGAAGAACCUUCCGGAUGAAUAGCAAGAAUGCCUCGGCAGCCAAUGCGAUGUGUGAGAUAAUGAUUCGCAAAGGCAAAUACCAGCAGGCAAUGAAACUGGCAGAACGUACAAUUCAAUUUGCCGACACGCGGACGUUACUCGCUGAAGGAUAUCUCCGCGCCGCCCGCGCUGCGCAUGCGCAAGGGAACCUCCAACAAGCCCGCCAAUUCUACGCCACCGUCCUUAACAAGCUCGGCGACACACAGAAGGAUCGUUCGCAAUUGACUAUCGCCUCCAUCGGAAUGGCCCAACUCCAGAUGCACUACGACGAGGCCGCUGCAGCCAUCCAUACACUCGACACGUUGAUUCAGCAACCCAACACUCAACGUUCUCCAGAAGCGAUUGUUAUGCUUGCUUCUCUUCGUGCAUGCCCUCGUCCCGGCGUCUCAAGUAGUGAAGUAGCCCAGGAGAAGGCUCAAGCUCGAGACCUUUUUGAUCGCGCUCUCAAAGGUCUCGAAAUCGACGGUGCCCGGCACGGUCCUAGCAAAGCAUCCCUCAACAUCACCGAUGAUCUGGAUAUGCACCUUGAAAUUGCACGACUAUGGCAGGGCGAAAAUACAGAACGAGUUUAUAAGGCGUACAAAGAGGCCAUGCGAAUAAGCGAAACGUUUGGCGAUGUUGAUCCACGUUUGGUCAACAAUCUGGGCGUAUUGGAACAUCUGGAGGGACGGCUCUCGGAGGCACGCACGCUUUACGAAUCAGCAUUGACAAAGGUUGCGGGUCAGGGCAAGGGAGACGAGGCGAUGUCGACGUCUAUGCUUUUCAACUUGGCCCGCGUCUACGAGGAUGAAGGAGACGUUACCCUUGCUAAAGAGGCUUAUGACAAACUUCUUUCCCGCCAUCCCGAAUACAUCGAUGCCAAGAUUCGCCAGUCCCAAAUGUUGCUGUCUGUCAACAAAUUCGCAGAAGCAAACGACCUGCUGAAGCAAUGCCUCUCAGCCCAUCCUUCCAACCUCAACCUUCGAGCCGCCUACCUCCACUUCCUCAUGCAGACCAUCCGCAUCGGGGACUACAAGUCCUUCAAGGAAUUUGUGUUCAGCACUCUGAAGGAUCACGAUAAGCACGACGUUUACUCGCUGUGCGCAGCUGCUUGGCUUCACUUCUUCCAGGCACGAGAAAGCCGGGAUGUAUCGCAGAAGGGCCUUGAGGAGCGAAGGAAGGCAUUCCAACGAGCGGCGGAGUACUACGAGAAGGCACUUCAGUUGGACCCGCAGUGUGCCUAUGCAGCUCAGGGUCUGGCUAUCAUCAUCGCGGAGGAUGCAUUGGGGAAUCUCUAUGGCGCUAUGGGAUCCGCUGCGCCCGAUGACCAUCAAAGGCGGUUAAUAAACGUCCGCGAGGCUCUCGACAUCUUCGCCAAAGUCCGGGAAUCGAUCAACGAUGGUAGCGUUUACACCAACAUGGGACACUGUUAUUACAGUCGUGACGAGUUUGACCGUGCCAUUGAGAGUUACGAAACAGCUUCUGGCCGGUUCUACCAGAACCAGAACUACUCUGUCUUGAUGUGUCUCUGCCGGUCGUGGUACUCGAAAGCUAUCAAGGAUCAGUCGCCUAUGGCUAUGAAUACCGCUCUUCGUUAUGCACAAUCCGCUUUGCACAUCCUUCCCAAUGACAAGGUCGCCUUAUACAACAUUGCCAUGAUUCAGCAAAAGGCCGCCGAAAUGAUGUUCUCGAUACCGGCCCCGAAACGAAACCUGAAAGACCUUCAACGGCGAAGGAAAUAUGGUGACAUCAUGUUGCGGAAAGCUGAGGAACAUCUUUCGAGUCAACGACAGUACGAGUCUGAACAGCAAGCGCGACUCGAAGCUGCCCGACAGAAACGGCUGGAAGAAAAAUUGCGACUGGAAGAAGAGGAGCGACUUCGCAUGGAGGCGCUCCGCAUAGAAGCGGAAAAACUCGCUGAAGAGCGUCGCAUUGCCAGGGAGCAGGCUAUGGAAUGGACGAGGGAAGUCAAAGGAGACAGUGAUGAGGAGAAAGAGAAGCGCCCAAAGAAGGCCAAGAAGCCACGAAGUGACCAUGUCAGUGGGGAUGAAGGAGAACCGAAGAAAAGGCGUCGAGGCAAGCUCAGGAAAGAAAAGGCCUCAAGUGAACAACCAGAAGAAGAGAACAUGUUCAGCGAAGAAGACGAACCGCAGGAGAAGCCCAAGAAGCCUCGUGCGGCCAAAAAGCGAGUUGUCAGGGAUGAUGACGAUGAAGAUGGAGCUGGACCGCGUAAGAAGCAAUUCAAAAGCAGGGAGGUGCUUUCGGAUACGGACGACGAGAUGUCGUGA